AUGGGUCUACUAGCGAUCGGAACGCCCCUCGAAUGGGUAGAAGCCCAACAUAAGGCAGACCAGGUCCGGCGAUGGGGUGUCGAGCAACUACUAUCCAUGUGGAACAAGGCCAAGUCCAGGGAGAAUGACGCUCUGCUCUGGGGCGACGAAGUCGAAUACCUCGUUGUUGACUACAAAGACGAUGACCCGCGCGUGACCCUUUCACUGCGUCAGGCUGAAAUUCUAGAGGCCCUCGCUGCGCACUCAGAUCCAAAUGGGAACGCCCAUGACCCGACCGACUCGGCUUCAGAGAGCCACGAGAGGACGAUCGCGCCACCCAUCUUCCACCCCGAAUUCGGCCGCUUCAUGUUGGAAUCAACGCCGGGCAAGCCCUGGGGUAGUAACCUCAAUGAUCUCCUCGACGUCGAGCCCAGCAUGAGGCUAAGACGCAAGAUGGCCAAGCAACACUUGCUUCCUCACGAGUUCCCUCUCACCCUCACCAAUUUCCCUCGCCUAGGCAGCCCUGGCAUCACAACUACGCCCUAUUAUCCCGUCUCGGGUGAGCGACUGCGCUCGCAGUUUGUCCCCGACGAAAUCGCCAAUCCGCACAUUCGCUUCCCCACCCUAGCCGCCAACAUUCGUGCACGCCGCGGCCGCAAAGUGCAGAUCAAUGUGCCCGUUUACCGAGAUACGCAGACGCCGUGGCCCUGGAAGGAUCCGACCGUUGACUACGACCUCCAUCGCUGGCCUGAGGAUGACGACGUACGCCAAGGUGCGGCGCCGGUCAACUUCAUUCACAUGGAUGCUAUGGCCUUUGGUAUGGGCACUUGCUGUCUGCAAAUCACCUUUCAGGCAAGAGAUCUCGGUGAAUCCCGACUCUUGUACGACCAGCUCAGUCCCUUGGCUCCUAUUUUUCUCGCACUAACAGCGGCAACACCCAUCUAUAAAGGGUUCCUCGCCGAUACUGACGUCCGCUGGAACCAAAUUGGAGCCUCUGUCGAUGAUCGAACGCGCGAAGAGCUCGGCGAAGAGCCUCUGCAGCAGAAUCGCCGGCGAAUCCCCAAAUCGCGCUACGCCGCCAACUCUACCUACAUUGCUCAAGAUGCUCGCCUGCGCUCCGAGUAUAUGGAUCCCGACCUCCCCUUCGACCCAGCAGUUCAGCAGGCCUUGCUAGCCGGCGGCAUGGAUGUGCGUCUCGCCACCCACUUUGCCCACCUCUUCAUCCGAGAUCCCCUCGUCGUUUUUGCCGAAGAUCUCGAGAGCCUCAAUCUUGCGGCCGCCGAUCACUUCGAGAAUCUGCAGUCGACGAACUGGCAGCAUGUCCGCUUCAAGCCGCCGCCGCCGGCCUCUAAUGAGAUGGGCUGGCGCGUCGAGUUUCGACCCAUGGAAGUGCAGCUGACAGAUUUCGAGAAUGCUGCCUUUACUGUCUUCAUCGUUCUCCUUACCCGCGCCAUCCUCAGCUUCAAUCUCAAUUUCUACCUACCCAUAGCUCGCACCGAUGAAAACAUGGAGACGGCGCACGCCCGCAAUGCCGUCACCAGUCGACAAUUUUACUUUCGUCGGAAUCCCGUAUCCUUGCCAGAUUCGGCCGCUGCGCUACCGUUGCCCAUUGAAUCUGAAUAUCGCCUCAUGAGUAUUGACGAGAUUAUUAACGGCAGCAGUAAAAAGUCACCCGCCGCCUUUCCCGGUCUCCUACCGCUCGUCGAGACCUAUCUUGCCAACCGUAACGUCGACGUCACUACGAGCUGUCAGCUAAGAGCCUAUUUCAAUCUCAUUCGCGAUCGCGCCAAUGGUCGGCUCUGGACGGCAGCGCACUGGAUGCGUAGUUUUGUCCAGUCUCACGCUGCCUAUACCAGCGACAGCGUCGUAAGUGAAGUUAUCACGCACGAUCUUGUCCAGGCUGUGUUGGCGCUUGAGACGGGUCCGACUAGCGCUGUCCCGAAUCGGGACCGCUUCCUGCCUACAUGA